CGAUGUUUUCUUCUCUCUUCGCUCCUCAUGGCGUCUUUACCGCAGCUCCUGCUCUUGGUUCUGGUUUCAUACGUUCGUUACUCGUUUUCUGAUCAGAUCAGCAUCAGAGCAAAACCUGGACAGAACGUCGUUCUCCCAUGUCGGGCUGCAGACAGCAGACCAAUCAUAGUAGUGGACUGGACCCGGGACGGUCUGGGUUCCUAUCGGGUUCUUCUGUUCAGAAGUUCCCAGUUUGUCACAGAUCAACAGGAUUCAUCUUUUAAGGGCCGAGUGGAUCUGCAGGACAGACGGAUGCAGGGCGGAGACGUGUCUCUGGUUCUGAGGAACCCGACGGCUGCAGACAGAGGAACAUAUAAAUGUCGAGUCGUUCAUAGAGGAGCAGAUAUGAACUCAGAACCCGACUGCAUCAUCAACCUGGAGGUAGCUGGAGAGUCCAGGAUGAUUACAGGCAGAGGAAGCAAAGCUGGACCUUCUGGACCUUCUGGACCUUCUGGACCGCUGAUCGGACUCACCAUUCUUCUUCUUCUCCUCUUUAGAGACUGAUUUGGGUUCAGGUGGUUCUGAAAUCAUUUAGAGGAGGAAAAACAUAUCAUCACUGAAUUUCAAUUAUCAAUUUUAAAAGCCCUUUGAUUGGAUUAGAUUGCUUGGUCACUGGGUUCACGCCACACAUGGAUGUGUCAGAGGUCAGAGGUCACAUUCCCACACUUCCUGCAGGAGGGACAAAGAGGAGCAGGUUUGAGUCAGCUGGAUCACAGGGGUCAAACUCCAGUCCUCAAGGUCAUGAGAGGUUGAGGCAGAAGCAGCAGAUCCAGAGAAUAAACGGAGAUUUAAAGAUGAAAAUAUGAAUCCAUAAUCCAGGCAGAUUAAACAGAUUAAACACUGAGAGCAACUAAUAAACAUCCAGCAACAGGAAACAGAACGACAGAGACGACCAGAGACGACCAGAGACGACCAGGCCCUGACAGAGACACAGAGGGACACAGGGAAGCAGGUUACAUUAAAUACACAGGAAGUAAUCAGGGAACGGGACACAUCAGGGAACGAGACACAUCAGGGAACAGUCGAGGGGAAGACAGGACAACAUGGAGACUCAGAGACACAGAAACCUGAAAUAAACCUGCAGAAAAAGUCAAAUCCCUGCAGGUUUUAGAUGAGCCACAGGUACAAGAUGCUCCAGUGUGGAUCGGAUCUGCAGAACCUUGAUGACCUCAUUUUCUGUCCAGGUGAUGCA